UAUGGCCAAGCGGGAAUGCUGAUGGACAGUACUCAAGCUAGUGAUGGUGGACCCUGCCUUAGCAGAGAUGGGGAAGAAUCUUAAUGAAGCAAUGAGGAUGCUUGAAGACAAUCAGAGAAGACCCGAGGAAGAAAAUGAAAGGAAAUAUGUCCGGAAAGAUAUUCCAGGACCCCUCCAAGGCAGUGGUCAAGAUAUGGCAAGCAUUCUCCAGCUAGUUCAGAACCUUAUGCACGAAGAGGAAGACGAGGAGCCCCAGUGUUCUCGGCUCCAGAAUGUGGGAGAACAAGGUCACAUGGCUUUGUUGGGACAUAGUUUGGCGGCUUACAUUUCCGUGUUGGACAGGGAAAGGUUGAGAAAACUUACAACUAGGAUUCUUUCAGAUACCACUUUAUGGCUUUGCCGGCUGUUCAGGUAUGAAAAUGGCUCUGCGUAUUACCAUGAAGAUGAUCGUGAGGGUCUCCUAAAAAUCUGUAGGCUUGUCAUUCAUUCCCACUUUGAAGACUACUCGAUGGAAGGAUUUAACGUGUUGUAUCACAAGCAGCCUGUUAUAUAUAUUAGUGUUGCAGCUAGGCCCGGGCUGGGCCAAUACCUCUGUAACCAGCUCGGCCUCGCCCUGUCCUGUUUGUGUCACGUACCCUGUAAUACCAUGUUUGGAUCCCAGCAUCAGAUGGAUGUUGCAUUAUUGGACCGGCUGAUUAAAGAGGAUACCGAGAGAGGAAAGCUGCCUUUGUUGCUCGUUGCAAAUGCUGGUACCCCCGGAGCAGGGCACACAGAUAAGCUCGGUCGCCUGAAAGAACUCUGUGAGCAACACGGGAUGUGGCUCCACGUGGAAGGGGUGAACUUGGCUACUCUGGCUUUAGGCUACGUCUCCUCCUCCGUCUUGGCGGCGACGAAGUGCGACAGCAUGACCCUCACCCUCGGUCCCUGGCUGGGGUUGCCAGCUGUCCCGGCAGUAACGCUGUAUAGACAGGAGGACCCUUCCUUGGCCCUGGCUGCCGGGCUGACGUCGAGCCAGCCGGUGGAGAAGCUGCGAGCGCUGCCCCUGUGGCUCUCCUUGCAGUACCUGGGGCACGACGGAAUCGUGGAGAGAAUAAAGCACGCGUCGCAGCUGAGUCAGAGGUUGCUGGAAAGUCUGAAGAAACUGAAUUUCAUCAAAACCUCGGUGGAAGAUGAGCUCAACUCUCCAGUGGUGGUAUUCAAAUUUUCUCAGGAAUUUUCAAGGUUAGAUCAAAAGGCGGGCACCGCGCCACCGGGACCCCCAGACCCGGCAGCCAGCCGGGAGAGAGACCUCCAUGACGCAUUUAACCAGUGGCUCGGCGAGCAGCUGGCCCAGUCGGUCCCCGCCAGCGGAGUCGACGUGGUGGAACUGGAAGACGAGGGCACGUGUGUGCGCUUCAGCCCGCUGAUGACGUCGGCAGUCUUAGGGACUCGAGGAGAAGACAUCGACAAGCUGGUGGCCUGCUUGAAGACCAAGAUCCCAAUCCUGAUCUGUACGCUACAGCUGAAAGAGGAAUUCAAGCUGGAAGUGGAACGAACGGCAGGCCUCUCUCACGUGGAGGACCUUAGCUGGCCCGGGCUCGGAGUGGUCAGGUACGAGGACAACGUCGAAGAGAAGAAUGGUGGGAAAUCAGAAGCUGAAGUAGAAAAAAUCAACACUGGGCUCCUGAAAAAACUAAGUGAACUGGAAUCCGAUCUCGUAUUUUCUUCAGGCCCGGAGUUUGGGAGGAAAAAGAGCUGCAUUUACAUCGGCAUGGCAACCGAGGACCUGGACGUGUGCGAACUCGUGGAGACCAUCGCAGCCACGGGCCGGGAAAUCGAGGAAAACUCAAGGCUGCUGGAAAACAUGACGGAGGUUGUUCGGAAAGGCAUCCUGGAAGCACAGGUUCAGCUGCAGAGAGCCAACGAGGAACGACUCCUGGAAGAGGGAGUGUUACGGCAGAUCCCCGUUGUUGGAUCGGUGCUGAACUGGUUUUCGCCAUUCCAAGCGUCACCCAAGGGAAGAACUUUUAAUUUAACCGCAGGCUCGCUGGAAUCCACAGAGUUGACGUACGUGUCCAAAGCCCAGGCUACGGGAGCGACCCCACCUCUGACCCCCGCGGCCAUGCACGCCAAAUCAAGACGCCCAGGUCAGAAGGUUUUUAAAAGAUCCAUCGGAGGCUCCGACGCCUUCAGCGAGACGAGCUCCGCCAGCCCCGUGGAAGACGCAGAAAAGGCGGAGCCUCCGGCCCCAGCGGCGGGCGGGCCGAAGGGGGACGCGACGGCCGACGGCCACGAGGCUGGAGCCCAAACCCUGGACGCCGACGACGACUCUGCUAAAGGAGAGGAGCGAGGGAGUUUAAGAUAAAAUCCAGACUCCACGGGAGAGGACUUCGCACACCCUAUUAACCGGGGGCCGGGGAAUGGCAAAGACGCCUUGAAAACGUGUCCCGUGUUAAUACGGUAAGAUGAAAUGGGACUUUUUGCACAAAGAUGGGAAUGACAGGCAGGCUUUCCCAUUGUACAUGUUUCAACCGGAGUCGGCCCGCUGCUCCGAUUCUCCGCCUCCUUAGAACUACCACGUCGGGGAAGAUGGUCACCCUUUCUUUUUGUCGAGUCGCUGUAAACCGUUGCUAUUUAUAAGCCAGGUGUCCCGGCACCAGCUAACACAGAAUGACCCUGAUCUUCCCGAACCGACGCUUGAGCAAGCCGGUCGCACUUGGUGACUUUCUGGCAACGAUUCCAGCCAGCCUCCUCUGCACUGUCUUUUAAAAACCAAAGCAGGGGCCGGGAUUCGUAAGAAAUUGGCUCCGCUCACCAGCUCCGUCAGUCCGUCUUCUGCAGGACCGAGUGGUUUUUUUCCACUAAGCCGGUCUUGCAGCUGUGCCCCUUAUACCAAGGAGAGCCGGCUGCGAGCUCUAAAUAAGGCCUGCGUCCCUUGGGACCACACCUGCUCCCGGCUACUUCUCCCGCUGACGUAAGCCCACCCCGAGCCCUUUGCUUCCAACAGGAAUAGCAAAGCACGUUAAAACGGGCCGGACUUCUCUCUCCCGCAGCGUCGGCUGGGGCCCAACCAGUAAUGAAUUUACCUAGAGAGAGAACAGCGGCUGAAGUCCGUCCCUCACCCCCGAUCCCUUUUCCCCGCUGACAGAGCUUCGAACCGGGCCGUGCAGAUACAGGCCUCUUAAGUUCUUCCGCCUGAAUUGGGUAGAUGCUGUGCAUAAGAGAAACUAUUAGUCACCUAAUUAAAAUUCUAAUCUAAGCAUUACUUUGGACCUGAAUCCAAAGUGAAGAGGUUUGUUUUCCUGUUUAAAAGCUUAGCCCUCUCCAAGUGCCCAAGUGAAGCUCUCAGCCUGCCCCCUCGCCCCUCUUGCCGCCCCACAAAUCCGGCCUUUGUUCACUUACCCUACUCGGCGGCCCCGUCUGCGUCUUCGGGUGCGGGUAAGCCGCGGAGGAUGAUCUUUCCAACGCGUUUUUGCCGCCGAAAGGUCCGUCUCCUUCCCGGCGGGCACGGUCGCCGUAGUAGCGGGAGCCUCGGUUACACCACAUUAAGCCUACCGCUCACUUUUUUUGAUUGAUGGGAUUUCAGAUUGUUUUUGGCACUGCCUUAAAGUGCGUUUUUUCUUUUAAGUACAGACGAUUCAAAGGCCAAUAGUCUUCCUCAAUGGUUUGGUGCAAUGAAGUAUAUAUAUAUAUAUAUAAACUCGGGGGUUAAAAAAAAAAGAUUGUCAUUAAUGAGAUUAAUUACAUUAACUACAUUAAUUUUUAAUGUUUUUAUAUUUGGAAUGGUUAAACUAGUUGGGCUAAGGUAAAAAUGGCACCCUUUAGAUGUAAUAUUUGAAUGUUGGUUUCAAUAAAGGGUCUUGAAAUUGUUUCAUCUGA